AUGGAGGUUGAUAAAGAGGAGGAGGAGAAUGAAAAUGAGGAACAGCCGACCGAUAAUAAAGAAAAUACCAUCGAAUUAAUUGAUGUUAGCAGCGGAGAGGAAGAUGAUGAUGAUGAUGUGGAUACCGAGGAAAGAGAGGAGGAGGAGGAGAUGGAGGCUGAUAAGAGAGAGCAGGAGCAUGAAAAUGAGGAACAGCCGACCGAUAAUAAAGAAAAUACCAUCGAAUUAAUUGAUGUUAGCAGCGGAGAGGAAGAUGAUGAUGAUGAUGUGGAUACCGAGGAAAGAGAGGAGGAGGAGGAGAUGGAGGCUGAUAAGAGAGAGCAGGAGCAUGAAAAUGAGGAACAGCCGACCGAUAAUAAAGAAAAUACCAUCGAAUUAAUUGAUGUUAGCAGCGGAGAGGAAGAUGAUGAUGAUGAUGUGGAUACCGAGGAAAGAGAGGAGGAGGAGGAGAUGGAGGCUGAUAAGAGAGAGCAGGAGCAUGAAAAUGAGGAACAGCCGACCGAUAAUAAAGAAAAUACCAUCGAAUUAAUUGAUGUUAGCAGCGGAGAGGAAGAUGAUGAUGAUGAUGUGGAUACCGAGGAAAGAGAGGAGGAGGAGGAGAUGGAGGCUGAUAAGAGAGAGCAGGAGCAUGAAAAUGAGGAACAGCCGACCGAUAAUAGAGAAAAUACCAUCGAAUUAAUUGAUGUUAGCAGUGGAGAGGAAGAUGAUGUGGAUACCGAGGAAAAGGAGGAGGAGGAGGAGGAGGAAGAGGAGGAAGAUGAGAAAGUAGAAAUAAUUAAAUUCAAUUACGGCGAAAUUGAAAUAAUCCUUAAUUUAUAUUGAUAUAUUUAUUAUUAUUAUAUUGUUACGUUCGCGCACUCACAAAAAAUGAAACAACACACGUUUAAGAAAGAACGUAAACUUUUAAUUAUAAACUCAGAGAUUCUUUCUUAAAACACAACGUGACAUGUCCUCGCAAGGCGAAGGCUUGAACAUGACAACCACAACACACUUGUUUACAAUCGUAACCAAGAGACAUCGAUUACUAGUUUACACAAGAUACACAAGAGAAUUGCAAGCUAUUCACUUCAGCUGUUGCUUGACGGGGACGAGACACCCAGUGUCACGGACAUAACACUGCUCCCCUUCCUUUAAGAAUUGUCGUCCCGACAAUACAUCAUUGAGUCUUCCAUCUUCUUCAAGAACUUCAUGUUUCAUGUUCUACCCUGAGCUGUUGCUUUAGGUUACCGAACCUCAUGAUUUCUUUUCCAAAAGAAGAACUGACUCGAUCAGGACUGCUCCCAGGAAUUGGUGUUAAAUCUUUCUUUGCCACAGCAUCUACUUGUCUUCGGACAAGGGGGGGGGGAAUAACUUAUGUGGACCCAUCAUCCAAAAGGAUUCCCCAAGUCUCCACCUUGGCAUUUGCCCAGAUAUAAAAUCAGCCCCGUGGAAAAACCACAAAUCAAAAAAACUACGGGGAAGAUGGUCUUCUUUUUCUUAGGCACUGUUAUAAUCGCGAAUGGUACCAGCGUUUUCGAAACACUUCUCGAGGAAUUGUUUCAAUUGCGCCACAACAAGCAAGCGAUGUGCAAGUGCUGCGAUAAGCACCACCUUGCACAUUCCGCAUUUAGGACCUCAA